GAAGAAGAAGGAUGAUGAUGAUGAAGAAGCUAAGAUGGCAGCACAUUUGAAAGUGCUGCCUAUUCGGAGUAAAGAAACACUACACAAUGAAGACACACUUUUAAAAAAGAUUAUUGCUUUAAUUCCAAAGACAAAAUGGCUUGAGAUUCGGAAUUCAGGGAAACAAGUGCCGGUUCCACGGUCUGGAAUUGGAAGCCUAUUUCGCAGUUGCACCGCGUUGACUCCGUUUGUGCCGUUUUAGGAGAUACACUGGAUGUGGCUGCAUUUCAGGAUGGACAACUGACGAGGUGUAGGAUUUUCGAUUGACAGUUGUGAUAUAACGGCAAGCUAUCUAGGUAGCUGUUAUAUUUUUUGAUGCAAUAUAUGCAUUGUUCUCCAAAACGAUUAUGUGUGCUGCUGCGGCAGUCGGUGAUGGAGGGAUUGUGCCAUCCCCAUUACCUUCGAUGCGGCUCGGCAUCAGCGUAAUUUCUGGAGUUGGGGACGAUUUCUCCUCUUUUGGGUCGGGAAUGGGUUCGUGUCAAACACCAGGAACCCAGUCGGAUUGCCGAAGUCGAUACCAACUAUUACUCUCUGGGCGAGCUUUAGCGGAAAGAUACAGGAUGAUUUAUUCCACGGCUAUCAAUGACAAGGAGCAAGGGAUAAACCAAGGAAGGGGAAAGAAAGCUUUAAGCAAGAAGAAGCUGAAACGGCGGCAAAAGUUGAAGUCUAAAGUCAAAACAGGAACAAAGACGGAGAACCUUGAUGGGGUCUUCUGCAUGCCAGAAAUCAAGCUGCAUAGCAACCCAUCAGCGUUCAACGUGUACUGCAACGUGCGCCACUGCGUGCUGGAAUGGCAGCAGCGGGAGGCGUCCCUGGCUCUGGCCUCUAGGAGCUCUGUGCAGAGCGGCGACUCGGACAGCGAGGAGGAGGAGUUCCGUGAGCCCGCCAUCAAGCUUCCCAAGAUCAUUGGCAUUGGUCUGUGUGGGGUGUUUGAGCUGAUCAAGGAGACACUGUUCUCCCACCCCUCACUGUGCCUGCGUAGCCUACAGGCCCUGCUGGACAUGCUGCAGGGACAACAGCCAGAGGGCUUCCAGACCGAACCUCCUGAUGUACUGGAGUCUCUGUUCCACCUGCUGCUGGAGACAACGGUGCGCAGCACAGGGAUGAAUGACCCCAUGGGGCAGGCCCUCACCGCCCUGUCCUGCGCCUGCCUCUUCAGCCUGGUGGUGUCCCGGGGAGACACAGGCAAGACCCUGCAGGCCGUCUCCGCCAUCCUCACUUACAACGGCCGUCACACCUGCCAAACUAUCCAGGUGCCGACCAUUCUGAACGCGCUACAGAGGAGCGUGCAGGCCGUGCUGGUGGGCAAGAUCCAGAUCCAAGAUUGGUUCGGCAACGGCAUCAAGCGGGCGGCACUGAUGAACAAGUGGGUACUGAAGGAGGUGACCGUCAACGAGGAUGAGCGCUGCCUGCUGCAGACCGACGGCUCCUUCCUCUACCUGCUCUGCAAGGAUGGCCUCUACAAAGUGGGCUCCGGCUACAAUGGCACCGUCAGGGGCCAUGUGUAUAAUUCCACAUCAUGCUUCAGGAAUCGGAUGGAGAAGAGAUCAUGGUUGGGCUUCGCUCAGGGCUGCCUAUUGUACCGGGAUAUGAGUAACAACCACAAUAUGUCGGCCAUCAAGAUCGACCCAGAGACUCUGGAGCAUGAGGGAACCAUCACUAUGCCAGGUCUACAGGCAGACGGCCAGAGCGUAGUCUUCACUGACGGAGAGUACAUCAACCAAAUCGCUGCCUGCAAAGACGACGGGUUUGUGGUGCGGAUCUACGCGACCAGUACAGACCCAGCGCUGCAGCAGGAGCUUCAGCUGAAACUGGCCAGGAAGUGUCUCCAUACCUGUGGUAUCUCUCUGUUCGACCUGGAGAAAGACCUUCACAUCAUCAGUACAGGGUUUGACGAGGAGGCAGCAUUGCUGGGAGCAGGCAGGGAAUUUGCUUUGAUGAAAACGGCCUCAGGAAAGAUCUACUACACAGGGAAGUAUCAGAGCCUUGGCAUCAAGCAAGGUGGUCCGUCGGCAGGUAAAUGGGUGGAGCUGCCUGUCACCAAGUCCCCUAAGAUCAUCCAGUUCUCGGUGGGCCAUGACGGCUCACACGCCCUGCUGGUGGCCGAGGAUGGCAGCGUGUUCUUCACCGGCUCUGCCAGCAAGGGAGAGGAUGGAGAGUCCACCAAAAGCCGGCGCCAACCGAAGCCCUACAAGCCCAAGAAGAUGAUGAAGCUGGAGACCAAGACGGCGGUGAACACGGCCUGCAACAACGGCAGCAGCGGCAUCGUCACCAAAGACGGAGAGCUCUACAUGUUCGGCAAGGACGCCAUCUACAGCGACAGCACCUGCCAGGUUUCAGACCUGAAGGGUCACAUUGUAACCCAGGUAGCCAUGGGGAAGGCCCACACCUGUGUCCUGACCAAGAUCGGAGAGGUCUGGACGUUUGGGGUUAACAACAAGGGCCAGUGUGGCCGAGAAACCGGGGCCAUGAACCAGGCAGGGAAAGCAUUUGGCAUUGAGAGCAUGGCGACGGCCAUGGAAGAGGAUCUGGAGGAUGAGCUGGAGGAGAAGGAGGAGAAGAGCAUGAUGUGCCAGCCGGGCAUGCACAAGUGGAAGCUGGACCAGUGCAUGGUGUGCACCGUGUGUGGAGACUGCACCGGCUACGGAGCCAGCUGUGUCAGCAGCGGACGGCCCGACAGAGUACCCGGAGGUAUCUGUGGCUGUGGUUCGGGGGAGUCUGGCUGCUCAGCGUGUGGCUGCUGUAAGGCCUGCGCCAGGGAGCUGGAUGGACAGGAGGCUAGACAGAGGGGCAUCUUUGACGCUGUCAAGGAGAUGAUACCACUAGACCUACUACUAGCUGUGCCUGUCCCUCCCCCACCAGGAGUCAACAUCCAGGAGCACAUCCAGAUCCGGCAGGAGGAGAAACGCCAGCGGAUCAACCGCCGACACCGGCUGGAGGAGGGACAAGAAGGGAGCAGCGAGCGAGGGGAGAAGGACGUCAGUAAGAUCACCACUUACCCUCCGGGGGCGGUGCGUUUCGACUGCGAGAUGACAGCUGUGCAGGUCAGCUGCGGCCUCCACCAUUCAGUGGUGCUGUUGGAGAAUGGGGAUGUCUAUACAUUUGGCUACGGUCAGCAUGGCCAGCUUGGACACGGAGAUGUCAACUCAAGGGGAUCUCCCACACUGGUGCAGGCUCUCCCAGGUCCGUGUGUCCAGGUGACAGCUGGCAGUAACCACACGGCAGUGCUCCUCAUGGACGGACAGGUCUUCACCUUCGGCAGCUUCUCGAAAGGGCAGCUGGGUCGGCCAAUCCUGGACAUGCCCUACUGGAACGCCAAGCCCUCCCCCAUGCACAACAUUGGUGCCAAGUACGGCCGCAAGGCCACUUGGAUUGGGGCCAGCGGCGACCAGACCUUCCUGAGAAUAGACGAGGCCCUGAUCAACUCGCACGUCCUGGCUACCUCCGAGAUCUUCGCUAGCAAAGACAUCAUCGGCUUAGUCCCCACCUCUGUAUCGGAGCCUCCUCCCUUUAAAUGCCUGCUCAUCAACAAGCUAGAUGGCAGCUGCCACACCUUCAACGACUCCGAGCAGGAGGACCUGCGGGGCUUCGGCCUCUGUCUCGACCCCGUCUACAACGUCAUCUGGAGGUUUCAGCCGGCGUCAAAGGAGAUGUGGUGCUACAAUGCCGUUAUAGCAGAUGGCCGUGUGCCAUCGGCCACGAACCUAGAGGCCCGCUGCAGCAUCCUCAGCCCAGAGCUGGCACUGCCCGAUGGAGACCAUGCCAGCACCACCCGCUCCCACGUAGCCCUGCACAUACUAGGUUGCCUGGAUACGCUGGCGGCCAUGCCAGAGCUGAAGAUGGGCGUGGCCAGCACAGAGGAGGAGACUCAGGCCGUUAUGAAGGUCUACUCCAAGGAGGACUACAGCGUGGUCAACCGCUUCGAGAGUCACGGGGGUGGCUGGGGUUACUCGGCCCACUCGGUGGAGGCUAUCCGCUUCUGUUCUGAUGCGGACAUCCUGCUGGGGGGACUGGGCCUUUUCGGGGGCCGUGGGGAGUACACCGCUAAGCUCAAGUUGUUAGAGCUGGGGCCUGAUGGUGGAGACCAUGAGACGGAUGGGGACCUCCUGGCUGAGACUGACGUCCUGGCCUAUGACUGCGCUGCCAGGGAGAAGUACGCCAUGAUGUUUGACGAACCGGUGCAGCUGCAGCUGGGCUGGUGGUACGUGGCCUGGGCCCAGGUGUCUGGGCCCAGCUCAGACUGUGGCUCCCACGGACAGGCCACCAUCACCACAGAUGACAGUGUGGUCUUUCAGUUCAAGAGCUCCAAGAAGUCAAACAACGGUACCGAUGUGAACGCAGGUCAAAUAGCUCACCUCUUGUACAGGCUUCCGUCGAACGAUGGCAACGCAGCCAAAGGGAAACAGCAGACCAGUGAGCCGGUUCACAUCCUCAAACGCUCCUUCGCGAGGACCGUCUCAGUGGACUGUUUCGAGUCCCUGCUGAGUAUCCUCCACUGGAGCUGGACCACCCUGGUGCUGGGGGUGGAGGAACUGAGGGGCCUGAAAGGCUUCCAGUACACGGCCACCCUGCUGGACCUGGAGCGCCUUCGCUUCGUAGGGACCUGCUGCCUGCGCUUGCUCCGCGUCUACAUCUGUGAGAUCUUCCCCAUAUCUGCCAGUGCCAAGGCGGUGGUGGAAGAGUCCAGCAAGCUGGUGGAGUGCGUCGGCAACACCCGUAGCCUGCUCAAGAAGAUCCUCUCGGAGGGCAUGGACAACUGCCUGACCCAGCUGGACAACGACCCUCAGGGCUACCUGUCCCAGCCCCUCACCCUGCUGGAGGCCGUGCUGCAGGAGUGCCACAACACCUUUACCUCCUGCUUCCACUCCUUCUACCCCAAGCCCGCUCUGCAGUGGGCCUGCCUCUGCGACUUGCUCAACUGCCUCGACCAGGACAUCGCCGAGGCCAACUUCCGCACAUCGAGCAGCCGACUGUUGGCGGCGGUGAUGUCUGCGCUGUGCAACACAACAGUCAAGCUGACGUCCAUCUUGCCCAUUGCGUACGACGGCGAGGUGCUGCUGCGCUCGCUGGUCAAACAGGUCAGCACGGAGAAUGACUCGGCGCUCGCCCACCGCUUCCCCCUGCUGGUGGCGCACAUGGAGAAACUCAGCCAUAGGGAGGAGAACCUGAUGGGGAUGGCCAGUUUCCGGGAGGUUCUUGAGAAGAUGCUGGUGAUCGUGGUGCUACCGGUGAGGAAAAGCCUGAGGAAGGAGGUGGAGGUCUUCUCCCCCCACCUGGUCUCCAACACCUGUGGCCUGCUGGCCAGCAUAGUCUCUGAGCUCACCGCCUCUGCCCUGGGCUCCGAGGUGGACGGUCUGAACUCGCUUCACUCUGUGAAGUCCACUCCCAACCGCUUCACCAAGACGAGCCAGGGCCGCAGCUGGAACACGGGCAACGGCUCUCCAGAUGCCAUCUGUCUGACAGUGGACAAGCCUGGCGUGGUGCUGGUGGGUUUUUGUGUCUACGGCGGCGGAGGCAGCCAUGAGUACGAGUUGGAGGUGCUCGCUGAUGAUGCCCAGACGGAGCAUCCUGGGGAUUCGGUCCACACCCACAGGUGGACGUCUCUGGAGCUGGUCAAGGGAACCUACAGCACCGAUGACUCUCCCAGCGACAUUGCCGAGAUACGCCUCGACAAGGCCGUGCCACUAAAGGAGGGUGUGAAAUAUGCUGUCCGCCUGCGUAACUAUGGCAGCCGAACGGCCAAUGGCGAUGGAGGGAUAACCACGGUUCAGUGUUCCGAUGGCGUGGCCUUUACCUUCAGAACCUGUAGCCUGAGCAGCAACGGGACCAACCAGACUAGAGGACAGAUACCGCAGGUGCUGUACUACAGGAGUGAGUAUGACGGAGAUCUGCAGUCCCAGCUGCUGAGCAAAGCCAAUGAGGAGGACAAGAACUGCAGCAGGGCUCUCGCAGUGGUCAGUGCAGUGGUCAGAGCUGCCAAGGAUCUCCUUCACAGGGCGUUCACUGUCGACGCAGAGGACAUCCCUGAGCUGCUGAGCUCGUCCAGCCUUUUCUCCAUGCUGCUCCCCCUCAUCCUGGCCUACAUCGGCCCUGUGGCUGCCUCGGUACCCAAGGCCGCAGUGGAAGUCUUUGGUCUGGUCCAGGAGUUACUUCCUGCUGUCUCCGCUUUGAACCAGAAGUAUGCCCCACUGGCUUUCAACCCCAACCAAUCAACAGACAGCACCACGGGCAACCAGCUGGAGCAAGGCCUAUCAGCUUGCACCACCUCCAGUCACUAUGCUGUGAUAGAGAGUGACCACCCUUACAAGCAGGCCGGAGUCACACAGUAUAUGCUGUCAUUCCCGGACUGCGUGCGGUGGACCACCAUCGAGUUUGACCCCCAGUGUGGCACAGCCCAGCCAGAGGAUGUCCUCCGCCUGCUCAUCCCAGGCCAUUCGCUCCACCUGUCCAGCCUGAGCACCAAGCCCCUGGCCCACGACACCAUCAACACCUGGGUGGAGCUCAAGAAGAUCUCCGGCUCCAAUGGCUGGCCCACCACUGUCCUAGUGCUGCCAGGAAACGAGGCCCUGUUCUCCUUAGAAACUGCCUCUGACUACGUAAAAGACGAGAAGGCCUGUUUCUACGGCUUCAAGUGUGUUGCCGUGGGUUACGAAUUCAACCCCGGACCAGAUGAGGUUGUUAUCCAGCUGGAGAAGGAGUUGGCAUACUUGGGCAGUGUGUGUGCUGCUGCUCUCAUGAAGAAGGAUCUGGCUCUUCCUAUAGGGAAUGAACUUGAAGAGGACCUUGAGAUUCUUGAAGAGACCUCUCUCCAGGUGUGUAAGGCCCACACAGGUAUCCUGGGCAAGGGGCUGGCCCUGUCCCACUCCCCCACCAUCCUGGAGGCUCUGGAGGGCAACCUGCCCCUGCACCUGCAGACCAACGAGCAUUCUUUCCUUGAGGACUUAAUCACCUGCGAGCAGAACUCCAGCGGAGGACGCCUGGCCAGGUGGCUGCAACCGGACUCAUACGCGGACCCCCAGAAGACGUCUCUGAUCCUGAACAAGGACGACAUCUGCUGCGGCUGGCCCACUACAGUGGCCGUCCAGACCAAAGACCAGUACGGAGACGUGGUGCAUGUGCCCAACAUGAAGGUGGAGGUGAAGGCGGUGCCCGUCUCCCAGAAGAAAUCCAUGCAGCAGGAGUGCAUGAGGAAGCUGCAGCGUCUCCCAGGCAGUGCCAACCCCUCCUCCUCGGGCACUGCUGACCUGACCUUCGGGGGCCUGCCCAUGCCCAAGUUGGACGCCACUUACGAGCCCAUGAUCGUCAAGGAGGCGCGCUACAUCGCCAUCACAAUGAUGAAGGCCUAUGAGAAUUACUCGUUCGAGGAGCUUCGCUUUGCUUCGCCCACUCCAAAGAGGCCCAGUGAGAACAUGUUGAUCUGGGCCAACACAGACGGGACCUACAGCGCCAACUGGACCCCCGGGGCUGUGGGCCUCUAUACCAUCCACGUCACCAUCGACAGCAUCGAGAUCGAUGCUGGUCUGGAGGUGGAGGUGAAAGACCCUCCUAAAGGCAUGAUCCCACCUGGCACACAGAUGGUUAAACCCAAGGCCGAGCCCCAACCUAGCAAGGUCUGCAAAUUUGUGUCCAUGGACAGUGCAGGCCUCCGCGUGCGUAGUCACCCCUCCCUGCAGAGCGAACAGAUAGGCAUAGUGCAAGUCAAUGGCACCAUCACUUUCGUUGAUGAGAUCCACAAUGAUGAUGGUGUUUGGCUCAGGCUGAAUGAUGAGACAGUAAAGAAGUAUGUGCCCAACAUGAAUAGGUACACUGAAGCCUGGUGCCUCUCUUUUAACCAGCACGUGGGCAGGAGCCUGCUGGUCCCAGCCGACAGUCUCUUUAAUGCUAGCCAAGGAGUCAGGGAUAUCUGCUUGUUGUCGUGGACCCCCUUAACUAUAUUCCCACAGGAGGCCAGGGGCCAAUUGGAGCAGUGUGUUAAGGAGGUGAGCGCCAGCGGCCGCCCCUCCCAAGAGGCCCCCUCCAUGCAGGAGCAGGACAGGGUGAGGCAGGGCGGCGGCGGCCCUGGGCUUUAUAAGGUAGUGAAGACGGGCCCCUCGGGUCACAACAUCAGAAGCUGCCCACACCUUAGGGGUAUCCCCAUUGGAAUGUUAGUACUUGGGAACAAGUUCAAGGCAGUAGGCGAGGUGAUAAACACAGAGGGGACGUGGGUCCAGCUGGACAAGAAUAGCGUGGUGGAGUUCUGCGAGAGCAACAAAGGAGAGGCCUGGGCUCUGGCCCGAGACCAUGGGGGAAACCAGUACCUACGCCAAGGGGAAGAACAAAGCCUGCUAGAGCAUGGGGCCCAGACGCCCCCAAAUAGCCCAUUUUCCGUCCAGGCCUUCAACAGUGCUGCUGGAGCCAUUGGGGCCUACGAGACACAGGGCUUCAACUAUGGCAUCUCAAACAACAAAGAUGGUUCUUCAUCACACAGCCUUGCAUCUUCUCAUGAGCGUGUGCACAAGAGCAGUAUGUCCGCGGCUGGGCAUGGUUCUGCUCUCUCAUCUCUCGCUCUCAGGCAAAAGGCCUCUAGACACCGUCAGAAAAGCCACUCCCCAAAACAGGAGGGUGGACGCUCCUCGGACCAUUCCAAAAGCAAAGACCUGUCGGCCAGCGAGGCUCUGAUCCUGAGGUCGGACACGGCCAAGUUGCGGUCAGACUCUCAUAGCCGCUCUCACUCGCCCAACCAUAACACCCUGCAGGCGCGGAAGGCCGAAGGGCGUGAUCGUAACUCCUCCGGGCUGCGUCCCGAGUCGCCCAACUCUGGCUCCCGCUCCUCCUCGCUCAAGCAGAAGGGCCUGUCCUCCUCCUCGGGGAGGUAUAGCCCCUCUAGCACCUCCUUGACGUGGUCCUCCUCCUCCCAGCAUGACAAGAACCUUGCUCAGGACAAGAACCAACUAAUUGACAAGAACAUGCCACCAGACAAGAACCAACCCCAUGACCAGAACCUCCCUCCCAAAGUCAGCCCCUCCAAGGCUCGGCUGGACCCGCCCAGAGAGAGGUCCAAGUCGGACUCGUACACACUGGACCCGGACACCCUACGGAAAAAGGUCCCUCUCACCUCGGAGCCACUGAGGGGAAGGUCCACCUCGCCUAAACCCAAACUAUCUCCCAAGGACAGGUGCAGCAAAGAAGGUGACAUGAACAUGGAGAACCGCAGCCCAUUGCCCCAUGUGACCCAGGAGGACCUCCACAGGGAGGUGGUGAUGUGUACGUCUAUUGCUCUUCUUUCCGAUGAUGAAGGAAAUGAUGAGAACGUUGACGUGAGCAACACAGAGGAGGGCUCUUCCAAUGUGCACUUCAGCAUCGGCAAGGUGCCCAUCAAGGAUGAGCUGGAGAACAGCCGCUCGUCGCCAAAAGUCAGCCGCAAGACCUCCAGCCGCCACGUGCACCCCAAGAAGGACAAGUCUGGCCCGCUCUUCAAGGGCGAGAGCUCAUCAAGGCUCACCGAGACAACCAAGCAGGCUAUGUCGCCCUCUGUGGCAGAGUGCGCCCGGUCGGUCUUCGCCGCGUUCCUCUGGCACGAGGGCAUUGUCCACGACGCCAUGGCCUGCUCCUCGUUCCUCAAGUUCAACCCGGAGCUGACCAAGGAGCACGCGCCCUUGCGCAGCUCGCUGGGUGGCCAGGGCGGCCAAGAGGAGAAGGAGAGCAAGCUGAUGAACCGCCACUCGCUGGAGAUAUCCUCAGCCCUCAAUAUGUUCAACAUUUCCCCACACGGGCCCGACAUCUCCAAGAUGGGCAGCAUCAACAAGAACAAGGUCCUGUCCAUGCUCAAAGAGCCACCACUGGCCGAGAAGUGCGAGGACGGCAAGGGGGAGCCCGUCUCUCCCAUGACCUCUCAUCCCUUCAUGAGGGCCAAGUCCAACCUGCCGCUCACACUCCAGCACCUUGUUGCAUUCUGGGAGGACAUCUCCAUGGCGACCAUCAAUGCAGCCACCCAGAACAUGAUUUUCCCCAGCCCGGGCUCCAGCGCCAUCCUGAAGAAAAAGGAGAACGAGAAGGACAGUAAGAAGUCCAAGAAGGAGAAGAAGAAAAGAGAGAAGGCGGAGGUGCGCCCCAGGGGGAACCUGUUUGGUGAGAUGGCCCAGCUGGCCAUCGGGGGACCAGAGAAGGACACCAUCUGUGAGCUUUGUGGGGAGUCACACCCUUACCCUGUCACCUACCACAUGAGGCAGGCCCACCCAGGUUGUGGUCGCUACGCGGGAGGCCAGGGCUACAACAGUAUCGGCCACUUCUGUGGGGGCUGGGCAGGAAACUGUGGAGACGGAGGGGUCGGUGGAAGUACCUGGUACCUGGUGUGUGACCGCUGCAGGGAGAAGUACCUGAGAGACAAGCAGACUGCGGCCAGGGAAAAGGUGAAGCAGUCGAGGAAGAAGCCCCUGCAGUUGAAGAUGCCGCGGGCGCUGCCCACCAUGGAGGCCCACCAGGUGAUCCGUGCCAACGCCCUUUUCCUGCUUUCCCUACGCAGCGCCGCCAAGCCCAGCCUGCUGUGCCACCACCCGCCUCGCCCGCUUCACUCCAUGCUGCCCAGCCUCAAGGAGGGCGUCUCCGACGAGAUGCCCAACAAGAUGGGCUGCCUCUACCUGCAGAUGCUGGCCAGGCAACACACAGAGAACUUUGGUGGGUACCAGGAUGAGAACCUGUUCCAGGAUGAGAUGAGGUACCUACAUUCCACGUCUGUCCCUGCACCCUACAUCUCAGUCACCCCUGACGCCUGCCCCAACGUGUUCGUGGAGCCCGAGAGCAACAUGAAGUCUAUGCCACCCAGUCUGGAGACCAGCCCAAUCACAGAUAGUGACUUGUCCAAGAGGACGGUGUUCCAGAGGUCUUACUCUGUAGUGGCCUCCGAGUAUGACAAGAAGCACUUGGCCUCUCCGGCCAGGGUCAAAGCCGUGCCCAGACGCGGAGUCCACAGUGGGGAUGCAGAAGUGGGUUCUUCUCUGUUGCGCCGCCCCUCCCCGGAACUGUCCCGUCUUAUCUCGGCCCACGGAUCCCUCAGUAAGGGCGAGAGGAACUUCCAGUGGCCUGUCCUGGCCUUCGUCAUCCAGCACCAUGACCUGGAGGGAAUGGAGGUGGCCAUGAAGCACGCCCUGCGCAAGUCCGCCUGCAGGGUCUUCGCCAUGGAGGCGUUCAACUGGCUGCUGUGUAACGUGAUCCAGACCACCUCGCUGCACGACAUCUUGUGGCACUUUGUCGCCUCCCUCACCCCGUCACCCUUUGAACCCGAGGAAGAGGAGGAGGAAGAAAACAAAGCCCCCGGGAACAAGAAAAUUGUGAUGGAGCAGGAGAGAGACCUGGCUGUGUGUGAGCACCCGCUGUCUGACAUUGUGAUUGCCGGGGAGGCCGCCCACCCCCUCCCCCACACCUUCCACCGCCUCCUCCAGACCAUCUCCGACCUCAUGAUGUCACUUCCUAGUGGCAGCUCCCUGCAGCAGAUGGCCCUCAGGUGUUGGAGUUUGAAGUUCAAGCAGUCUGACCACCAGUUCCUGCACCAGAGCAAUGUGUUCCACCACAUCAACAACAUCUUGUCCAAGUCGGACGACGGCGACAGCGAGGAGAGCUUCAACAUCAGUGUGCAGUCUGGCUACGAGGCCAUGAGCCAAGAGCUGUGCCUGGUGACCUGUCUGAAGGACCUGACCAGUGUGGUGGACAUCAAGACGUCCAGCCGUCCGGCCAUGAUCGGCAGCCUGACGGAUGGCUCAACUGAGACCUUUUGGGAGUCGGGCGAUGAGGACAAGAACAAGACCAAGUGCAUUACCAUCAGCUGCGUCAAAGGCAUCAACGCCUCUUACAUCACUGUGCACGUGGACAACUCCCGUGACAUUGGGAACAAAGUCACCUCCAUGACGUUCCUGUGUGGCAAAGCCGGGGAGGACCUCUGCAGAAUCAAACAGAUCGACCUCGAUUCGCGUCACAUGGGCUGGGUGACCAGCGAGUUUCCUGGGGGAGACCACCAUGUGAUCAAGGUGGAGCUGAAGGGGCCCGAGAACACGCUGCGGGUGCGCCAGGUCAAGGUGCUGGGCUGGAAGGAGGGCGAGAGCAUCAAGAUUGCGGGGCAGAUCUCGGCCAGCGUGGCCCAGCAGAAGAACUGCGAGGCCGAGACACUCCGCGUUUUCCGCCUCAUCACCUCACAGGUAUUUGGGAAGCUAAUCUGCGGAGAUGCUGAGCCCACCCCUGAAAAGGAGGAGAAGAACCUGCUGUCAUCACCAGAGGGGGAGAACAAGGCGCCGUCAGACGCAGAUCUGAAGGAACACAUGGUGGGCAUCAUUUUCAGCCGGAGCAAGCUGACCAACCUGCAGAAACAGGUGUGCGCCCACAUCGUCCAGGCCAUCCGCAUGGAGGCGACCCGGGUGCGCGAGGAAUGGGAGCAUGCCAUCUCCAGCAAGGAAAACGCCAACUCGCAGCCCAGCGACGACGCCGCCUCCUCGGACACCUCCUCGGACGCCUACUGCUUCGAGCUGCUCUCCAUGGUGCUGGCGCUGAGCGGCUCCAACGUAGGCCGCCAGUACCUGGCCCAGCAGUUGACACUGAUGCAGGACCUGUUCUCGCUGCUGCACACGGCCUCGCCCCGUAUCCAGAGACAGGUGACCUCUCUCCUCCGUCGUGUCCUCCCAGAGGUGACACCCGUGCGCCUGGCCAGCAUCAUCGGCAUCAAGGCCCUGCCGCCUGCCGAUAUCAGUGACAUCAUCCACUCGACCGAGAAGGGUGACUGGAACAAGCUUGGCAUCUUGGAUAUGUUCCUGGGCUGCAUCGCCAAGGCACUCACCGUGCAACUCAAGGCCAAGGGAACCUCCAUUGCUGGCACGGCGGGCAUGGCGGCAGGCAAGGGCAUCACUACUGUCACGCUGCCCUUGAUCUUCAACUCCAGCUACAUUCGCCGGGGGGAGAGCCACUGGUGGAUGAAGGGAUCCACUCCCCCUCAGAUCGCUGAGAUCAUCAUCAAGCUGGUCAAAGACAUGGCUGCCGGACACCUGUCGGACGCCUGGUCUCGGGUGACGAAGAACGCCAUCGCUGAGACCAUCAUGGCUCUCACCAAGAUGGAAGAGGAGCAUCGCUCGCCAGUCCGUUGCAUCGCCACCACCCGGUUGUGGCUUGCUCUGGCCUCUUUGUGUGUGCUGGACCAGGAUCAUGUGGACAGACUGUCCUCAGGCCGCUGGAUGGGCAAAGACGGACAGCAGAAACAGAUGCCCAUGUGCGAUAACCAUGACGACGGCGAGACAGCAGCCAUCAUCCUGUGUAACAUGUGUGGCAACCUGUGUACCGACUGUGACCGCUUCCUCCACCUGCACCGACGCACUCGCUCCCAUCAGAGACAGGUGUUUAAGGAGGAGGAGGAGGCAAUCAAGGUGGACCUCCACGAGGGCUGUGGGAGAACAAAGCUCUUCUGGCUCAUGGCUCUGGCCGACUCCAAGACCAUGAAGGCCAUGGUGGAGUUCAGGGAGCACACGGGGAAUCCAGCCUCCUGCAGCUCAGACGCCUGCAGGUUCUGUGGCACCAGGAACGGCACCGAGCUCUCGGCUGUGGGCAGUGUCUGCUCUGACCCAGACUGCCAGGAGUAUGCCAAGGUGGCGUGCAGUAAGACCCAAGCAUGCGGCCACCUCUGUGGCGGGGUGAGGAAUGAGAAGAGCUGCCUGCCCUGUCUGCACGGCUGCAACAAGAGCACAGGCCGCCUGAAGCAGGACGCCGACGACAUGUGCAUGAUCUGCUUCACUGAGGCGCUCUCUGCCGCUCCCGCUGUCCAGCUGGACUGCGGUCACGUGUUCCACCUCCAGUGUACCCGUCGUGUUCUGGAGAACCGUUGGCUCGGGCCCAGGAUCACCUUCGGUUUCAUGUCCUGCCCCAUUUGCAAGAACAAGAUCAACCACUCGGUCAUCAAGGACCUGCUGGACCCUAUCAAGGAGCUGUUUGAGGACGUACGGAGGAAGGCUCUGAUGAGGAUGGAGUACGAGGGGCUGCACAAGAGCGAGGCCAUCACCACGCCCGGUGCCCGCUUCCACAACGACCCGGCCGGCUUCGCAAUGAAUCGAUACGCCUACUACGUCUGCUACAAGUGCCAAAAGGCGUACUUUGGGGGAGAGGCGCGCUGUGAUGCGGAGGCAGGACAAGGAGACGACUACGACCCCAGCGAGUUGAUCUGUGGAGCAUGCUCAGAUGUGUCCAGGGCACAGAUGUGUUCCAAGCACGGGACAGACUUUCUGGAGUACAAAUGCCGGUACUGCUGCUCGGUGGCUGUGUUCUUCUGCUUCGGCACCACUCACUUCUGUAACGCCUGCCACGAUGACUUCCAGAGGAUGACCAGCGUGCCCAAGGAGGAGCUGCCUCACUGUCCUGCAGGUCCAAAAGGCAAGCAGUUGGAGGGGACUGAGUGCCCCUUACACGUGGUUCACCCACCCACCGGCGAGGAGUUUGCCCUGGGCUGUGGAGUGUGCAGGAACGCCCAUAGCUUCUAAAAACACCCAGGUCUGAAAACUGAGAGACACGUACCGAACACUUUUCCUACUGGGACUGCAGGAUGUUGGCUGCAGCCUGAGCCCAGCCUGUCAAGUAUCUCCUCGUGUUGGCUUUCAUGUUGUCAGAUGGCCCUGGACACUGGAUCAGGCUUUCUACCAUACCCAAGAGUCCCAAGUUGUGCUCUUCUACCUAGCAACCAGAGUCUUCGAGGCUACUACAAAACACACAGAGAGUUGAGGCUCUCUAUGUGCAUUCCAGAGGAAACUCUAAUAUAAUAAUGAAACUUGUGUCCUGUUUGCAUGUGGCCGUUGUAACCCCUUGGCUUCCAUAGAAGUUGCACACCUCCCGAUCACUGAAGUGUAACAAUGUAUUGAAUAUAGUUUUUUUUGCUUAAGGCAAUUAGGAUGAACUUGGGAUAUAUACAAGAAAAAAGAUGAGACGGGCUGUAUUUCCAGCUUCCUAACAAUGAAUUCAAAAUAUUGUUGUAUGUCAACAGACUUUUUUGUAAUCCUGUACAUUAUUAUUAUGUCGAGUGCAUCAUGGGUUGACAGACCAAAAAAAUUCAGUGAUUAAUUCUGAAUAAGGUGGUGAAAAAGACUUAUGAAUAUGGUUUGGAGCAAAAUAGUGUGCAGUUGAUCUAAUCUUGUAUAUAAUGAUGUAUUCUUAAGUUGCUGCUCUACACUUCAAUUUUGUUUGAUAUUCUGGUUUAUGUUUUGAGCCAGAACUUUUAAUGAAGUGCAAUACUGGGUGUGCCUCCUAUCUUGCAGCUGUUUAUCCUAUGGAAUGUAUGUCAAUAAAAGCCACUGUACAUUUUUAUACGGCGAUAAACAGUAGUAUUCCCCCAAUUCAAAAUGUCAGAUCACUUCUGUUCUCUGAAAAUGAUGAGGAACCCAGCGUCUGCAGUGUAUGAAGGUCGAUUGAUGUGAACACUUUUUUCUGCUCCACAAUCAGAAAAAUUACGCUGCGAUAAAACCCUUUUUUCUGUGUGUUUUUUUUAACAACUCAGAAGGUGAGUAUGCUGUAGGCUACCAUUCUAUUGUAAAUGUGCGGUAACUCAACGUGUUGGGGGGCCAGUCUUCAGAACCAAAUGGUAAAAAUAAUUGUGAAUCCGUGAUGCUUUUCCAUCAGUAGGAGGCAGGGGGGACAUGGGUCUGGGUAUGGGGGUCUGAGAAAAAACAAACAGCUGUUGUAAAAGCGUAUUACUUGUAAUAUCUGUGGUGAAUGGAUUUGAAUGGAAAUAAACCAGGUUCUCUGUUUCGCAAGGUA